GGGGGGGAGGAGCCGGAAAACCUCGAACUUUAAACUUACACUCACUAUUUUCUUCGAAAAUAUACGUGAGUUCCACAAAAUAUAACAGACAGGUCCAGUGGCCUGCCUAUACCUUUGAUAGACACUAUCGGUAUCAGUGUGGUAUUUGAACUGUUUCUCUUCCUUGAGCAACUAUGAAAAAUUAGCUUCAAUUUUAUAUAUUUUCUGAAGGCACAGUUGAAAAACAUCUUCAUCAGUUAUUUUGAGACUUUCAGUCAAAUUGAUUUUAUAAUCUGAUAUCUAUCAUGUUGCAUCCUCGAACUUAUUUGACGUCCUAAAGAACUGUUUUUACCGUGAAUCCAAUUUUUGAUACUUAGUCACAAUUUGUUGCUUCGUGUGAUCGUACACUUAACAGCACUAUCGACAUAAAUGUCAACAGUUAUAAGUAAACACGUACGAAGCCAAUCUUUUUUGCCUUGAUUCAGACUUUGAAUAGCUAACAGUCUUUUUCAUAGAUGCUCCAUUAGACAUUGGGUUAAGUUCCGAGUCUAGUUUACCAUGAUUUUAAUUUAGAUGCAAUUUAUCCUUCUAUUCAGUCGAUAAGGUAAACUUCGUCUUCAAAAAUGGUAUACAUCACAAACCGAAAAAUCCAAGAAAAAAAAUAACACGUGAAAUAACUGCAGCUGUUCUUUCACGCAAACAAAAAAUGUCAAGUUUUCUCGAAUGGAAAGAUCUUAAAAUAGUUUAUAAACGUUAUGCUAGCCUUUAUUUUUGUUGUGCUAUUGAACAAGAUGAUAAUGAAUUAUUAACACUUGAAACCAUACAUCGUUAUGUUGAAUUACUUGAUAAAUAUUUCGGCAGUGUUUGUGAGCUUGAUAUAAUAUUUAAUUUUGAAAAAGCUUAUUUUAUCUUUGACGAGUUCAUUUUGGGUGGUGAAAUACAAGAAACAAGUAAAAAAAGUGUUUUAAAAGCUGUUAAUGAUCAAGAUGUUAUUCAAGAGGAAGAAUUAGAGGAAAAACGAAGUGUGUUGGAAGAUCUUGGUUUGGCUUAA